AUGUUCUACCAGCCAGGAAAAGAAGACCACGGUCUUCCUUACGACCCAUUCAAAGCCUGCGUCAUCCCUCGCCCCAUCGGCUGGAUAUCCACCCUCUCCCCCACAGGCACGCCCAACCUGGCCCCCUACUCGCAAUUCACCAACCUGACCUUCUCCCCGCCCUACGUAAUGUUCAGCGCCAACCAAACGCCCAGCGCCGCGCAAAAAGACACCGUCGUCAACGCCGAAGCCACGGGCGUGUUUUGCUGGAACCUCGCGACGUAUGCGCUGCGCGAGGCUGUGAAUUUGACGGCCGAGGGCGUGGAGAGCGGCGUUGAUGAGUUUGAGAUUGCGCGGCUGGAGAAGGUGGAUAGUGAGCUAGUCAGUGUGGGUGUAAAAGGGGAGAGAAUCAAGGUGCCGAUGGUUGCGAGAUCGCCGGUGAGGUUCGAGUGCGAGCAUUAUUCGACGCUAAGGCUGCCGGGGGAUCCGCCGAUGGGGGCGGUGGACGUGGUGAUUGGAAAAGUUGUGGGCAUUCAUAUUGAUGAGGGGGUGUUGACGGAUGGGAAAAUUGAUGUGCGUAAGACGGAGCCGAUUGCGAGGUGCGGGUAUUAUGAGUAUGCGGUUGUGAGGGAGACGUUUGAGAUGAGGAUUCCGGGGGAGGGGAAGGCUGUUUUGGGUGGUUUGGAGGGAAGUGCGAGGAUUAAUCGCGAGUUGAACGAGGAGAGGGGGGUGUGA